AGUCGCGCUAGUGACGCUUUCGGACCUAGAGGAUGGCGGAGCAAGAGGGGUUACGCGUGGUUCCUAGCGACUUGUUCCCUCUCGUGCUCGGUUUCCUGCGCGACAACCAGUUUCCGGAGGCGGCAAGCAAGUUCGCUAAGGCUACGGGAACUGUUCAACAGGAUCCCAACGCCACUUCCCUUUUGGAUAUCUAUAGUUUCUGGCUCAAUAGGUCUUCCAAAACUCAAAAGCGGAAGUUGCAGGCUAACGGACCAGUGGCAAAGAAGGCUAAAAAAUCCACUGCUUCUGGUGACAGCAGUCAUAAAGGAGAGGCCAAACAAUCUCCAAUCAAGAAACUAGCCAACAAGCCACCUGGUACAUCUCAGCCUGGGAAGUCAGCCGUUCCUGUCAAAGCAGCAGAGAGUAGUAGUAGCAGUGAGGACUCCAGUGAGGAAGAAGAAAGCAAAAACCAGAAGAAGUCUACACAGAAGGAAGCCAAGCCCCCAGCCAAGGCUGCCAAACCUGCCCUCAAGACAGCUCAGCCUAAGAAAGCUGAAAGCUCCAGCUCUGACUCUGACUCCGACUCAGAUUCCGACUCCGAUUCCAGUUCAGAAGAUGAAGUCACCAAGAAACAGAAACUUAAGACUCCAGUCAAGACCCCAGUCAAGACUCCUGUCAAAGCCACAGCUAAGACUCCAGUUAAGACCACAGCUAAGCCAGGUACAACUCCCCAGGUUGCCUCAAAAUUAGCCAAUGGCAAAGCUGGUAAAAGCAGCAGCAGCAGCAGCAGCAGCAGUAGUAGUAGCAGCAGCAGCAGCGAUUCAGAUGAAGAGACGGCUGAGGCUCCACCCAAAAAGGCUGUCCUGAAGAAGCCAACUCCGUCCAAAACCCCUGUGAAAGCCGCUUCACAGAGUUCUAGCAGUGAUGAUUCCUCCAGUGAGGAAGAAGAGGAACAGAAGCAGAAGAAAAAACCCAUCAAGGCCCAGCAGGGUCCAUACAGUUCCGUCCCCCCACCCCCUUGCACCCAAUCAAAGAAGGUGGGAGGGGACCAAACUCCCAAGAAGAAGGUGGCAGGGGACCAGCUCCCUAAGAAGAAGGUGGCAGGGGACCAGCCCCCCAAGAAGAAGGUGGCAGGGGACCAGCCCCCCAAGAAGAAGGUAGCAGGGGACCAGCCCCCUAAGAAGAAGGAGGAAAGCAGUGACUCUUCUGAUAGCAGUGAGGAUAGCAGUGAGGAGGAAAUAGCCACAGCUAAAGCAGGAGGGGUCAAAGCUGUCACACCUAAGCCUGCAUCAGCCAAGGCCGCAGCAGUCAAGACUGCGACAAACAAGGCUACAAAGGAAUCCAGUUCAGACAGUGACUCAGAUUCUAGCUCAGAGGAGGAAGAGAAGAAACCUUCCCAGAAAGCAGCCCCUAAACCUGCUGUUGCUGUUAAGGCGACUCCCAAGCCAGCUGUGACUACAAAAGCUGCUGAAAGCUCUUCGGACAGCUCAGACUCUGACAGCUCUGAGGAUGAAGCAUCAGCUAGGCCAGCAGUGGGCACAAAACCAGCCACCAGUCAGAAGCCUUUGCCCAGGAAAGCAGAUAGCAGCUCUAGUGAAGAGGAAAGCAGUUCUAGUGAGGAAGAGAAGCAGUCAGGGACAAAGACUACAGCAGCUGGAUCCAAACCCAAGGUGGGGGCCAAGGCAGCUCCAUCUCCAGCGCCCAAAGCAGCCACCCAGGACAGCAGUUCAGACUCAGACAGCUCCAGCAGUGAAGAGGAGGAACCAUCAAGCAAAGUGACUAAAUCCAAGGGGACCACUGCUGCUGUUCCUAAACCUGCCUUGGCCAAAAAAUCGAAGGCCGAGAGUAGUUCAUCUUCUGACAGCUCCAGUGAAGAGGAGGAAAAACCAAAACUUAAAAAGAGCCCAGGCUUGGUGGCCAAUGGAUCUUGCCCUCCAGUACCCCAGAAUGGGAAGAGUUGUGCACGCAAGGAGGAGGAAGAGGAAGCAGCCAAGCCAGAAGGUUCUGGGAAGAAAAGGAAAAAGGAUGCUACCCCUGACCAAGAGGACACUCCUCCUAAGGUGAAGAAACAAAAGCCUCAGACCCCAAACACGGUUCCCAAAACAAAGAAGGGAGAGAAAAAAAGGGCAUCCUCCCCUUUCCGGAGAGUUAAGUCAGAGGAAGUUGAGGUCGACUCUCGGGUGGCUGACAACUCCUUUGAUGCCAAGCGAGGUGCAGCUGGAGAUUGGGGAGAGAAAGCCAAUGAGGUCCUGAAGUUCACCAAAGGCAAGUCCUUUCGACAUGAGAAGACCAAGAAGAAGAGGGGCAGCUACCGGGGUGGGGCCAUCUCCACCGAAGUCAACUCUGUUAAAUUUGAAAGUGAUUGAGUUCAAAGAUCUUGACUCUGGAGCCCAGGGCUGAGUGCCCAGUUCUGUUUGUGGGACUGGGUAGCUGGAGCUAGUGACUAUCUCCUCCUGCUUUAGCCACUUGGCUAUGGACAGAUUUUUUUAAAAUGAGGAUUCUUUGGGAAAUUGGGUGGGUGGUGGGGCAGGAAAGUAAGCUAAAGGAAGCGUUCUUCUGGAAGUAAUGUUUCUUGGUAGUUGUUCCCUCAAUCCUCUGAAAACCAAAUACAGCUCGACCUCACUUGUGAAGUCCCUGAAAGGUUGUAUGUGAAGCAAAAAUUUGUAAUUUUAUAUUGAGUCAAUAUUUUCCUAUUAACUAACAUUAUAACUUGCCAGAGAUGCACUCCCAUAUGUAACAUUUUAACCCCAUAGGCUUUGGUAAAACACACAUUUGAGAACCUUAAUAUUUUCGACUGUAUCAGUUUUAGGGACAACCUGUUUUAGGAGAAGCUCACCUACAAAUUGAUUACAGGGUGGUGAGUUUUUCCCAAAAACCUCUUUGUAAAACCAUCAACAUAAUCCAAGAGGCAUUAAUGAUCUGCAAUGUACCACCAAAAUCAUAGAGUUUUGAAAACUUGGGACUUUUGAAAUACCCAUCUCAAGUAAGAAGCUACCUGUCAGUUCUUUGUGAUUAUAAUCCCAUGCGAGCUUCUUAGAAAGCCAGCAAAUGGGCAGCUGACAGUAACGCUCCUGAGUUUACUUAUUUCAUUAAUCAUUUUAACCAUCCCCAUUUCAUCUUCUAUUUAGAGCUGGGAGCGACCUCAGAAGUCUGGUCCAACCCUCUGCCUCUCCUCUUACAGGAGAAGGGAUGGAGGCUCACAGAGCCAAAGGUCACCUGGAUCAUAAAUAUAGAACCAGUAACUGGACACAGGUCCUCUUACUCCAAAUCCACUGUACUAUUCUACCUCCCAUUUCUUCAAACAUUCAGCCAAACUCCUUGAUCCAGAGUCCUACAGAUGUACUCCUUUGAACAUAGUUUGGUUGAUGGUUUUCUUGUGGUGUGAUGAACUUCAAGGGCCACUUUUCUUCAUCCUGGAAUGUCGUUAGAUCAUUGUUGGAGAGAAUCAGCAUGUAGGUUGGAGGCACCAGUAUGUCUUGAUGAUAAUCUUGAUGUCAGGCGGUGUCCUCAAUAUCACUUUGAUCAAAUGUUCAGUGUGGUCCAGUGAUUUUUGGUAUCCCAAGACUAUUCACCCUAGUCUUAGAGUUGCAUAGCCUUCUAAUUAUAGUCAAAUCUUUAAAAAAUCACCUUAAUUUCAUCCAGAGAAGAAAUUAUAUAACUUUGUUAAAGAGAAGGCAUAAGACUUUUGGAAUCAUUGUUUUAAGAAAGUAAAAUUGUGUAGGUUUUUUUGGGGGGGUGGGGAUGGGAAAGAAAACAUUUUUAGUAGAAGAUUUCAUAAUUGUCCUCAGUAGAAUUUAGAUCUUUGCAGUGAAGUGACUUAAGUACGUGCUAGUUGUGGUGUGGGAGGUAGUUAUCAUUUAAGUUCAUACUGUAGUUAGUUCAAUUGAUGUUGGUGGAAAUAGGGAGCAGUUCAUCAGAAUAUUAUUUUUGUUGCCCCAGAGUUGUCUGUGAUAAUCCAAUACUUGAUUUUUGCCUUUGAGUAGAUAAUAAUUAUUUGUAAUUAGCAUCCUAAUUAUGUAUAUACAUCUAGUAUUUGCAAAAGUAUGUUUGAAAACUACUCUAAUGAACUAAACUGCCCUUUCUGUCUGUCUUUCACUGUUUUCUGAGUUUUUUUUUUCCCCAUAGCUAAUGGUCUAUCUGGACUGUACUUAAUGUGUUAAUUGCAAAUGAUUCUUAUCUGCUCAAUAAAAUAAGGUUUUCUAAGAUAA